CUCUCCAUCAACCCUCUCCUCUCCAUCCUUCGUUCUCGGCCGCGCAGUGAAUUUCAACGCCGGCGCAACCCUCCUCAUCGCAAGGUGACCAGCAGCUGCAUCUGCACAGUGUUCUUCAUUGAAAUCAUUGUCGUUUGACACGCUGCGCUGCGUCGCGUCGCCUUGCCUUCAUUUGUUAUUCCUUUUCUGCCUUUGUCAUUCUUGCCGAGUCUUUCUUGCGCCCUGUCAAGGUUGGGGGGGUAUCUACGCUUGUUCAUUUUCCCUGUUCUGUUUGGCCCCUCAUCAUCGCGUCCGACCGUGACACUACACUGUGCUGUCAUCAUGGGUCUGCCCCUCUACCGCGCGCCCGUCGAGUCCGACAUCAAGUCCAAGGUUCCCAAAGAUCCACCCACCCGCGCCCGCUCCACCAUACGUCGAAGCCGUCGCCUCUUUACUGGUGUCGAACACUCCCACACGCCUGCCGCACGCUUCCACGCCUACCACCAAUAUCGCAACCGCAACCAUCACCACCAGCGCCCUGCCCGCAGCGCCACGCCGGCUGCUGACCCGCCCUUUCCCUCAUGGUUGUACGACCUCAUGCCCGACGACCAAAACGCCGCGCAGCGGGCCGCCCUCCGCCGGGCUGCUGUUCUCGCCGAUGCUUCAACAUAUUUCCACCCUGAACGGGAUAGCACCAUUCCUUCUCUUCCCUCUGCUACGCAGGAUGUGCACCAUGUCAUGCACGACGCCGUCCGCCGUGGAGUGAGCCAGGAGACGGCCAGGCUUUAUGGCGAGCACAUGGCCAUGUUGCACGCGGCUACAAGUGGCCGUUCCUCCCAGGCCUCAGAUGAGGUCACGCCAGGCGAGCGAGGGAUUGCUCUUCUGCAGCCAGAUCCGUAUAAUACCUACUGGCCUACCCCUAGCACCGCGCUCGUACAACAGCAACAGCAGCAGCAGCCAGCAGUGGAUGGGCUGGGUGACCGUGACAGGAGCCUCAGCCCAGAAGACGACGGGGUCUGGGAUACGUUGCUCAGCUCCAUCACCCCUGAUCCUCAGACGCCCAGCGUCGGAACGUCCUUUGCAUCCACUAGUGCACCCAUGUCGUCGUCUGCGGCGACAACGGCGCAGGAGUCCUCCGGCCUCAGCGAGCCGUAUCUCGAGCAUGCGCCGCUGACCUUGACCACGGUGACGGUCUUUGACCCAGAUCAUGCUUGCGAGUCCGGUGGUGACAACACGGACACAGAAGGUGAUGAAGAAGAUGAGUCGCGCGAGAACACGCUGCGGCGCUAUGAGCGGUCGUACGCAGAUGUCGUUGCCCAUACGCAAUUGCAGCACGACGAGGACGACCUCGAGAUCCCGGGUGAUGUGGAAUCAAUGCAGCGCAUUGUGCGCACCCUUGCACGGCGUGAGGACAUCCCGGACGAGUGGUGGGCUGAAGCUGGCCUCAGCCGCUCGCUGUCACGGGAAGCUGCUUAGAACAGCUAAAAGGGAGUUGCCCCAGCCGGACAGGAAUCCUCAAGGCAGGAGGCAAACCCUUUCAGUGCGCGCAACAUGGGUCACCAUGUAGUUUUGGCACACAAGGAUCAACGUUGUCUAUGAAAUCACGGCUUACGAGCUAUUUGGACAACCGGAGGAUGUGGAGAGCCAGGCCCCGCCCAGCUUUGUGGUGAGGAUGCUAUAAUCAUGGAAGCUGCGAGUGUUGAGCGGUGGUAAAGAAAGGAUAUCUUGGGUUAUAUAAUUUCAAAACAAGGUGGGUAAAGUGGGCACAAAAAAUUGAGAGAAAAAGACCAAAAAAACUGAGGUCGGCAAUCUCUUUGGAAGUAUCUGACAGGCAGAGUCUAGCCGUCUCCAGGAGUAUGUAUUUCAAAGUAUGUACCAAACUAUGUUGUCAAAUCUCUUGCCAACAUGUGCUCUGAAAU